AUGUCCGCAAAGACCCCCAAGAACCUCCGCCCACUCAACCGGUACAUCACCACGCACAAUGCCGACGGACAAGCCAUCUUCUCCAACGCUCUGUCCGAGGACAUGCCCAUCCAGCACAUGAAAGACGGCGCAGACUUUAGUCUCGCAUAUACCUCCGACCACUUCCCUGCGCAGCUCAACAAUGACACCGAUCUGACCGAGUACACCGGCUACCUAGCCAGUCCUCCCGGCAUCACGAUCUCCAGCGGCAAUGUCUGCCGUAUUGUUGAUAUCCAACCCGGCGCGUUGAGUCCCAUGCACCGCACUGUCUCGCUAGAUUAUGGCGUUGUGCUGGAGGGGGAGGUUGAGCUUGUUCUGGAUUCUGGGGAGACGAGACUGCUGAAGAGGGGGGAUGUUGCGAUUCAGCGUGGGACUAAUCAUGCCUGGCGGAACGUGACUCCUGAUGCUGUUGACCCUGUUACAAAGGAGGUUACUCCGCAGUGGGCGCGCAUGUUGUAUGUUCUUUCUCCCGCUGAGCCUAUGCAGAUUGGGGGGAAGAGUUUGGAUGAGGUUGUGGAUGGUAUUGGUGUUCGCCCUAGCACUUAG